CACCAGCACCAGCACCACCAUCGAGAGCUGGCGAGACCAGGAGACCAGGAGCUGUCGACAAAUAUUUUCUCAAAUGGUUGCUCUCUUGUCUUGUUUGGCAUACCGUUGCACACCAGUUUUUGGUACACUUUGGCCCCGCCACUUGGGGAUGGGGAGGCGAGAAUCGGGAAAGAGAGAGUUUUUGCCACUUCUGAUCCAAUCCACCAUCUCAGAUUGGAAACUGUCUCCAAACCAUUCACACGUCCAAUCGUUGUUCGCCUUGUCCUGAGACAAGAGGAACGAACACACCGACAACUUGAGCAUUUCCAUUCAUACUCCUCGACUGGGCUGAGUGGAUCGGCUAUGAGCACAGUUGGAACCAUUAGUGGUGGUACUACCUCAUCUUGUGUCGUGCCCACGACUCUCAGGAAGAGUCUCGAUCUUGCCAUGCCUCCAAUAGUGUCCCCACCUGUGACCUCGAAUCAGGCCCAUCUGAUUAAACCUAUGCCGCAGAGCUUUCCCAUUUCGGCCUCGCGAAAUACGUCGCCCAUUCAAACCACGUCUGCCCCAUCCGGACCCAAUCCUCAUCCUCCCACAAUGCCUGGUGGGCUAAUGAAUUUGACUAACCCUCAACCGGUGGGCAAUCCAGCUAUGGCACCUAACUUUGACCACAUUCGACUUCAGCAACUUUACACCUUGGCCUUAGCCGAUAGGAUGAGAUUCAUUCACCCGCUUUUGGGGGGAGGACCAGCGGGUGGGAACACCCCACAAUUUCCUAAUAUCCCAACGCCAGGACGAGGUUUCCCUGGACCCGCAGGUCUGCCUCCUCCGGACUUCCACCAUCCGCUCUAUCCUUAUGGUAAAUUCGAUCCAAGAUUGUUCCGACUCCCUGAAGAACCCAAACCCCAACAUUCCUACAUUGGUUUGAUCGCCAUGGCCAUCUUGAGUGUUCCCGACAAGAAGCUGGUCUUGGCAGAUAUCUACCAGUACAUCUUGGACAAUUUUAGCUAUUUUCGACAUCGGGGUCCUGGCUGGAGGAACUCCAUACGACACAACUUGUCCUUGAACGAUUGCUUCAUCAAGGCUGGUCGUGCCGCCAAUGGGAAAGGUCACUAUUGGGCGAUUCAUCCGGCUUGUGAAGACGACUUCGCCCGAGGCGAUUAUCGACGAAGAAAAGCCCAACGCAAAGUCAGACGCCACAUGGGACUAGCAGUGGAUGAGGAGGAUUCCCCUUCCCCUCCGCCCCCAUUGCACCCCAUGACAGUUUCACCUCUUCUCCCUGGAGCUUGGCCACCACUUUUUCAUCACCAUCAUCUCGCCUCGCCCACCCUUCUCUCCCAUAAUCCACAUCGGCAACCAGUCAUGCCCACCCCAAUUUGCACCGUCUCCGAGACGUUUCCCUCUAGGAAAAGGCAAUUCGAUAUGGCCUCUUUGUUGGAUCAGGGAUCUUCUCAUGGUCAUUCGGAUGAAGAUAAGCGAGACGAUGAACCGUCCCAAAAGUCUCCCUCUCCCGCCAAGUUCAAGAUCAAUCUGGGUGGAUCCAUGAUCUUCUCCCCUACGCAUUCUAAUCCCAUUUCCGAAGAGGAUCGCAAUCACGAAACGGAUGAGGAGAAGGACGUCAAGGCCGAAGAUGUGGAUGUGGUCAGUGUUGGAGCUCGAGAUGACAACGACAAAUCGGUCCAUUCAGACGAUCAAGACUCGAUCGCUGCUCCCGGGUCACCACCGAUCGUCAAAAAAGAUUUGGACGAGGAGGAGAGCCAUGUCAAGACCUCUUCCGUAUUCAAUGGUGCCUUUCGGCCAGUACCAGGGUUCCCUUGGGCCCCGAUGAUCCAUCCUCUCAACCAUCAGAAUAUGGAGAAUUCCUCGAUUAACCCACAAGAGUACUUGGCCCGUUACUAUCAGCUGAUGCAGCAAAACGCUAAUUCUGCUUUGGCUAACCAAAACUCGGAAACUGAUCCCAAGCCCAAAUCUCGGCAAACCACCCCUGUUGAUUAAAUGGGAAUAUCUAAGAACAUUUUCAUGUUUUGUCAGAAUGGUUGCUUUUAGCUCGAAAUUGUAUCCUCAGUUGUUGCACAAAGUUCGUUGUGUUAAAGGAGUUUUGCUCCACGAUGUUUUCCAACUCCAUCUCUUCAUUAAGAUUAGUGAAUUUGGAAUUUGAGAAGGAAUGGAAAACUUAAAAGGAUGCCUGAAGAGCGGAAAGAACUAAGAACAAAGAUGGACUUUAUCUCCCCAAUCAACCAUUCGAUCACAUCUGUAGCAUACAUAUCUUUUUAUUCGUCAUCAUAUGGAAAUAGUAAUAAAAAAGAUGUUUUAUUAGUCA